AUGAAGAAGAUUCACGUGUUGCCAGAGAGGUACGUCUUGGAUCGGUGGAGGAAAGACUUAAAGAGGAGAUACACACUUGUCAAAAGUAGCUAUGAUGACUUGCGGGAUAAUGCGGACUCACGAAGGUAUGAACUUGUGAUUAAAAGAUUUCUCAAAUUAGCGACGCGUGUAUCCCCAAGUAAUGACCAUGUCAAUGCAUUGAUGCAGGUUUUGGAUGAGUUUGAACAUAAUUUUAAAGGAUUACCACUUGAGUCCCGUUCAACCAAGUUCAAUGAGAGCGACGUUGUUGAUAAGGGUAAGAAAAUAUUAAGCCCUAACGUUGUUCGAGGGAAAGGGAGACCCCCAACGAAGAGAAAUGUUCCACCUGUGGAUAAGGCCGUAACCAAGAGAAAGAAGAAACAGAUUUGCAGGAAAAUAUUUGAUGACAAACAAGUUGGAGUUGCUGAGGCCCCGGCCCCCCAAGUUGGUGCUAAAGUUGAAAAUGUUGUUGUUGGAACCCAAUGUAGUACUGUCACACAACAAAUACCAUCGGGCAAUGAUGAGAAUUUGUGA